AAGUUAUCGCUCCUCAUCUCUCAGGUUCUUGCAAACACCAGAGCUAUCUCCAGUGAGGACGGUGAUGGCAGAUUAGGCCACGCCUACAUCAUCCUUGGCCAGGCAGCAUACACUGCAGCAUCCCAAGGCAACGUUGCAUUCGUCGUCCCGAUCAAACCAGACAAACCCGUACAUGCUGCCAACGCCACCCAAGCACUCAUGUACCACCACGACCAAACCUACAAAAAUGAACUGGAUGCAUGGAAAUUAUACCACAAAUCAGAGGCCCAGAUCCUCCAGCAGAUUUUGGACGCCGUUAACGAUACUUACACAAAGGCCCUCAAAGAUCGCAUGUGGGGAUACGGCAACACCAGCCCAUUUGACAUCAUUACCCAUCUAGUGACCACAUACGGUAAAAUCACAGAGACUGAUCUCCUUGCCAAUCGUGAACUCCUCACCCAGCCUUGGACUCCACCCACAGACAUCGAGGAACUCUUUGAUAAUAUCGACACCUGCAUUGCUUUCUCAGUAGAAGGCGGAGAUGUCAUUAGUGACCGCAACGCUGUCAGCGCCGGAGUAGCCACUCUACACGCCACGGGCCUAUUCAUUCAUCCCAUCCGAGAAUGGAACAAGCGUACACCAGAAAACCGCACCCUCACCCACUUCAAAGAAUUCUUUCGUGAUGCCGAAAAUGUCCGCCAGACCGAAACCACUGUCAGCGCCGCAGGCUACCACCAACGAGCCAACGCAACUAUCACGGACACCCAAACAGUUACCACCGGGACUUCUACGCUCACCCAUCCACAACUGAUCGACAUAGCCACGAUCACCAGGAUCGUCCAAGAGUCACUUCGAGAGUCCCAAGCAGCAAAUGCAACCACCACCACCACCACCGAUCGCCCAAACCGACGCUCCGCUACCAGAGCCAACACCUCGAUCGUUGGUCUCACGGCAGCCGAACUCGAUGCCAUGGGAUGGUGCUGGACUCACGGUUACUGCCAUAACCCAGCCCACAACAGUGAUACGUGCAACUUCCCAAAGGAGGGCCACAACAUCCAGGCCACCGCUCAAAACAAAAUGGGAGGCAGCAACGAACGAUACCAGCCCCGCCGCGGAAACUGAUUCAGCGGGACGCCUAACAAUAACAGUCAAUCUAAAAUAAUUAGACCCACGUUCAACAAGAACAACAACGACUCGUUAGGUCCUCCCCAACCACCAAUAAAAAACACCAAUUACGGUGCCUUAGAUAGUGCAGCCACGUCUCAUUUUCUAAUGUGGAAUGCUAGUUGUCAAAACAAACGCCCCACUACCAAUCCAAUCACAGUCGUAGUAGCACAAGGAGCCACCAUGACAUCCACCCAUGAAGGAGACAUCACCAUACCACACCUACCACAUGCAGCAUGUAGAGCUCAUCUAUUCAAAGAACUCAAACAUGGCUCAGGAUCUCUCAUCUCGCUAGGACAGCUCUGCGAUAGUGGAUGCACAGCCACCUUUACCAACACCACGGUCAAGGUCUAUUACAACGCACAAUGCAUUAUCACGGGCUACCGAACACCCCAGACUGGCCUAUGGCACAUCCCUAUAGACAACC